UGCACUGGCCAUUAGGUUUGCGAGCAAAUUGCGGCAACAAAUGAGCAGUAGCACGUUGACUUUCCGCUAAGCUUUCGCCGAGAAUCUUGACUUCGAAGGCAGUUGCUUCUCAGGUUGAUUCUGCUCUUAUAGUUAUUUGGUUGCGAACAUGGAAUUCGAUACCAAUGAGGAGAUGAUAGAUUAUUGCAAGGGAACAGGUCGGACGUACGUUGCUUUCACCUUAACCCAAGCCCAGAAGGACAUUGGCUACGUCGUUUUGGAGCUAUACACAGAUAUAGCUCCGGCAACAUGUGCAAAUUUCAUCAAACUAGUUAAAGGCGGGCAGUUCUCGUAUGAGGGCACCCCCAUCCACCGGGUCGUACCAUGCGGCUGGAUCCAGGGCGGUGACGUGGUGGACGGAAGCGGCAAGGGCGACCCGGGUUUCAUGCUGCCGGACGAAACGUUUGCGGUGAAGCACGACGAGCCGGGCGUGCUGGGUAUGGCCAACAUGGGGCAGCCGCACACCGGCGCCACGCAGUUCUACAUCUCCCUCUCGCCGCUGCCCUUCCUGGACGGCAAGCGGGUCGCGUUCGGGAGAGUACUCACCAAGCAGAGCAUGGACAACCUGCGCGCGCUGCAGUCCUCCACCAUGAUCAACGAGCGGCCGGUGCCAGAGGUGACCAUCACCACCAUCCACGUCAUCUACGAGCCCAAGCAGUGAGGGGAGGAGGCAGAGGAGAGGCGCAGAGGGGAGGAGGCAGAGGGGAUGACGCGGCCGGCAGCGCAACCCCAGCAGUGACGCAGCAGCAGAAGCAUCUACUUAGGAGGCCUUAAGAGCGCCUUAAGCGGGCGGUGUGGUGCGGCUGCAGUGGGAGGCAACAGCUAUGCUGGGGUGGGACGCGAGGGUGGUGCCGAAUGGUGUGGCAACAGCAGUGGCAUGGGGCGGCGGAUGAUGUGGUGGGCGGCAACCGCUUGGAUGGGAUGGUUGCGAGGGGAGGCGGUGGGCUGCAGUAGGAGGGUGUAGGAGGGAAGGGUGUAGGAGGGAGGCCGAACGCAUGGGAAGCAUACAGAAGGCGCAUACAAAGGGGCUCAUAGGGCCAAUGCAUUGCAAGGUCAAGUGGGCGCAUGCGCUGCGAAGAUCGUGUGAUUUAGAUAAUGUGUAGCGGACGUACACGUUCCGCCCAUAUAUCGGUUCAGAGGGGGGAUAAAAAGCCAAAUUGGAGCAAGGACGGGAGGGCGCGAACUCGCCAGGCACGCUCUCGCACUGUCUCCGGACAUUGGCAGAGCCGAGCAUGGAAACCGCGUACCAUGCCAACAUAAAACCAGAAGCAGCGGGAGAAGCGUUGGGAGGAGUCCUCAUGCGUGCGUGCGAGCGGGGAAGCAGCGCGGUGUGUGUGGCGCAGUGUUUGUGGUACAGCUUUAGCUAGGUACGGUAGCCAGGCGGUUGGGAGCGCCUGGCUGCGGCUUGGUUGCGCUUGGGAGCCGCAUGCUGCUAGCGCUGGGUGGUGGGGUUGUGCAUGUGAGGUGGUGGCCCUGCGUUGCGCUUGCGGUCGGCAACCCGCCUGUGCUUCUUGGUAAAGAGGCGCUGCAAGAGGUGCGUGAUGACCUUGGUCCUGUAGCUGCUGGCAUGUGGCAUGUGGGUAUUCGCGCUGGGACUUCUCCCCCCGCCCUGCCACAUACACACGCUCGCAUGCUUGCUGACCCGCGGGUCACUGUUGUUGGUGCAGCUGAAGGACGUGCGUGUUUGUGUCUGGGAAUGUGAGAUUAGUCCGCAGGAUUCCCUCCUUGGCAGCAAGCUUACACAGGAGUAAAGCCCGGCGAAACAACAGGCAUAAACCAGAUAUGCGUACGGUUACGGCGUUGCAACCAGACGCGUCCACCUCUGUUGCUUGCAGCGAUUACGACUUCACAAGAACAUCGAAGGUGCUAUCAGGGCCGCCCGGCCAUGCAUGCUGAUUUACCCUACCCCCUUGCCUUUUAACAGUCUUGAGUACA